AUGUGCACCUAUACAACGCACAUCCGCAUCUGCGCCCGAUGCGCGCGCGAGGACACAGUGCUCAUCUCAGAACAGCUCUGCCCAGUCGCCAAGGCCUCGGGCAUCUUUGGCAGCUGCCUCGAAGGCAUCCUGUGCCAGCGGGAUGCCACGGGGUGUCUCUGCUGGCAGUGCAAGGAGAGCGGUAUCAGGGUCGUUGCGUGUGUUGGGUCAGCAGCGGCAGCGGCGGCGGCGGCGGCGGUCUGUGGU